AUGGAGCGAGGCCUACCAGGCCAUCACCCCGACGUGUUAAAUCUCCUCACCUAUUUCCGGACAAGCCAAGCAUCAGACCCUCGCGACAAAAUCUUUGCAUUUGCAGCCUUGACAACAGGGAGACAAAGCGCUACUAUAAACCCGGACUACACAAUUCCCGUUAACGUGGCAUACAUGAGGUUUGCGUACGCUGUUAUCAAGUCACAAAAUGACCUAAACAUCCUAGGCUUUUGCCAGAAGUAUAUACAGACAGUCGAAUCCUGGUCAUCUAGACCUAUUGAUCGGGACGUCAUCCCAUCAACACCUUUACCUUCUUGGACCCCCGAUUGGACAAUAAUGACAGAAACAACUACCUUUGCCAAGUACGAGCUGCCGGCAGACAGUCAAUCUAAAAGGCUAUACAAAGCAACAACUUCCUUCGAACCCUUCGUCCGAUUGAUUGAAAGUACGAAUACAUUGAAUGUCCGUGGUUGCACCUUCGACAGGGUCUUUAUUCUUGCCCCAGAGAUUACGUCCUCGCUGAUAUUGACUGCAAUGCAGUCUUGGCAUGAAUGGGUAAUGGCUCAAUAUGAAACCACUAACAUGCCACCUGGCUUGUUGCACGAUGCUUUUCUUCAUACCAUUGCAGCAGAUUUAACGCAAAUAGAGGGACGCUGGGUUCGGGGCAUUUCGGCGGAAUGGCCACUUCCAAGAGCAUUAGACGAUACUGAGGAACCUUUCGACUUAGUUUCGACCAUGGGGCUGGCGGUACAUAGCCGACAAUUAUUUAUCUCGGAGAAGGGAUUUCUGGGUUUGGUUCGAUUUGAUGUUACUAGCGGAGACCAAAUUUGUCUUCUUCAUGGUGGACAGGUGCCUUUCGUCUUGCGGGAAGUUGGAGAUGCUUACCACUUUAAGGGCGAAUGUUAUGUACACGGCUUGAUGGAUGGGGAAGGCAUGAAUUAUCCACAUGUCUGGAAAGAUUUUGCUCUUCGAUGA